CACCUCACUGGGAUCCCCUUCCCUGUCACAGCCCCUGGGGUCCCACUAACCCCGCUCUGCUCUGACCACAGCUGGGGACCACAUCCCUCCUGCCACCAUGGAGCUGAACCAGACAUCCCCACCUCCCUCACCUCCCGUGAUGGACACUGAAGGAGAUGAUUCCUAUGGGAUCAAUGUCACUGAUGUGGCCGUAAACAGCGUCACUCUGUUCAUCUGCCUCUGUGGGCUGGCUGGGAACGGGGCUGUGCUCUGGCUCCUGGGAUUCCACAUCCGUAGGAACCCCAUCACUGUCUACAUCCUCAACCUGGCCGUCGCCGACUUCACCUUCCUCCUCUUCAUGGUCCCCUCCUCCCUGCUCUACCUGCUGGAGGAAUUGUCCUGCUCCACUGUCGUGUCCCUGAAGUACCUGAGGUCCCUUCUCCUGCUGUCGCUGUUCUCCUACAACAUGGGGCUGUACCUGCUGACGGCCAUCAGCAUCGAGAGGUGUGGGUCAAUUCUCUUCCCCCUCUGGUACCGCUGCCGCCGUCCCCAGCGCCUCUCAUGGGUGGUGUGCGCCCUGCUCUGGGCCCUCUCCGUCGCUGUCAUGGUCGUGGUGACCUCCCUGUGCCUGUCACACGAGCACGAGCACUGCCGGGUGGCUCUCAUCUCCAUGUACGCCCUCAGCUUCCUCAUCUUUGCUCCACCCAUGGUCAUCUCCAACGUGAUCCUCUUCAUCAAGGUCCAGUGUGGCUCCAAGAGACGUCAGCCUAAGAGGCUCUAUGUCGUUAUCUUCCUCACUGUGCUCUUCUUCCUCAUCUUUGGAGUUCCCCUCAGCCUCUCCAAUUUCCUGAAGCAGCUCAGCCCCACCGUCGUGUCCUCAUCCUCCCAGGUGGUUUUCCUGCUGGCCUGCAUCAACAGCAGCAUCAACCCCUUCAUCUACUUCUUGGUGGGGAGCUGCUGGAGGCGCUGCUCCAUCGUGUCCCUCCAGGUCGCCUUCCGGAGGGUCUUUGAGGAGACAGGGACCACCACAGUGUCCAGCUGA